CCCCUGAGGAGGGUGUUUGUCUUUAAAGCUGACGCUCCCCGUCCCCCUCCCCGCAGGGAAGGCUGAGGGCGCUGCCGGCGCUGAAGUCCUUGUUGGGGUCCCCGCCCCGGAGCCUCUCUCAGCGGAGGGGUGGCCUUUUCCUCAUUUCCAGGUUCUUCUGACUGGGUGUGAGGUGAGCUGAUUGAGACUCUGUGCUGACGUCUUUGAAGGCACAUUCUGUGACUCCUCAACAUAUCCACGCCUGAGACAACAACCCAGACCCUGAUCAGGACCAGGACCAAAUGGCUGCUUCUCAGGAACGGUUGUACUUCAUGGAUGUGGCCAUAGAUUUCUCUCAGGAGGAGUGGGAAUGCCUGGACCUAGCUCAGCGGAAAUUGUACCUGGAUGUGAUGUCGGAGAACUACAGCAACCUGGUCUCCGUGGCUAUGUCAUCUGAUGACCUGGCCUUUAUGUCCAAUACCAGAAUACAGGAUUUAUUCUCUGAAAUGAUGCUGAGUACACAUAAUGGAGACAGAAGUUAUCAAUGGAAUGAAAAUUGGGGUAAAGUUAAGCAAGAGUCAUAUCUUAAUCAUCGGAGAAGCGAGUUUGCAGAGGAGCAUUAUAAAAGUGGAAGAGUCUGUGACCCAAGGUACAAUCACAAAAUACGUGAGGUUAUUCCUAUUGUCGAGAAGACACACAACGGAAAUAAAUGUGUCCAGUCUUUUCAACAGUCUUCAAAUUACACUGAACAAGAGAAUAUUCAUCCUGGGGAGAAAGCUGACAAAUGGAAUCCUCGUGUUAUAAUCUCCAGUCAAAUAUUCAAGAAAAAAAUUAACAGUGGAAAAAAAUCUUAUAAAUGUAGAGAAUGUGGUAAAGGAUUCCUUUCUGCCUCAAACCUGAAUCGACAUCAGAAAAUUCAUAAUGGAGAGAAACAUUACAAAUGUAGAGAAUGUGGCAAAGCCUUUAUAACGUUCUCACACCUUAUUACGCAUCAGAGAGUUCAUACUGGAGAGAAGCCUUAUAAAUGUAGAGAAUGUGGCAAAGCCUUUUGUGAUUCCUCCUCUCUUAAUAGACAUCAGAGAAUUCAUACAGGAGAGAAACCUUAUAAAUGUAGAGAAUGUGGCAAAGCCUUUUGCGAUUACUCCUCUCUUAAUAGACAUCAGAUACUUCAUACAGGAGAGAAACCUUAUAAAUGUAGAGAAUGUAGCAAAGCCUUUAGUGGUUACUCCUCUCUUCAUCAUCAUCGGAGAGUUCAUACUGGAGACAAGCCUUAUAAAUGUAGAGAAUGUGGCAAAGCCUUUAGUUCUUCCUCCUCUCUUAAUCAACAUCAGAGAGCUCAUACUGGAGAGAAGCCUUAUAAAUGUGGAGAAUGUGGCAAAGCCUUUAUAUCUUCCUCCUCCCUUAAUCGACAUCAGAGUGUCCAUACUGGAGAGAAGCCUUUUAAAUGUAGAGAAUGUGGUAAAGCCUUUAGACUGUCCUCACAACUUGCUAAGCAUAAGAAAGUUCAUAUUGGAGAGAAGCCACAUGAAUGAAGAGAAUGUAGCACAUCCACUGGCAGCUCCUCAAACCUCACUACACAUCAGAGAGGUCAUACUGGAUAGGAGCCUUAUAAAUGUAAGCAUGUAACAAAGCCUUUAAUCAGUGUUUAUGCCUUAUUGUACAGCAGAGUUCAUACUUGAGAGAAGUAUUACAGAUAUGUGGAGUGUCAUAAAUCCUUGACCAGCAGUGAGAACUUACUGAACAUCACAGAAUUCUGACUGCGAACAAGCCUUAUGAAUGUGAAAAAUGUAGUAAAGCCUUUGAAAUCCAUUCAUGUAUUACUAUACAUGGGAGACUUCAUACUGAAGGAGAAACCUUUAACAUGCAGAGCAUGUGCAAGAUCCUAUCCCUAUGGAUGUAAUGGAUAUCAGAUUCUUAUAGUGGGGGAAAGCUUUAAACUAUACAAAAUGUGAGAAAGCACUGACUGGCUUGCCUCAGUGGUUUAGCUUAGAUCAGUGGUUCCCAAACUUAUUUGGACUACCACCCCCUUUCCGGAAAAAAUAUUACUCAGCGCCCCCUGGAAAUUAAUUUUUUUUAUUUUAAUAGCAAUUAAACAAAG